CCCCAGCCCCAUGUCCACUUGGAUAUUCAUGCUCAACCAGGCCAAACGCGGAUGUCAAGGAGCCCAAAGCCAAGGUCGCCCCACAUUCGGAUGGCCUUGGCUCGUGCACGAAUUCGAAUUCAUUUGUGAGCGUCUCAAACUUCUAUUGUUAGCCAUGAGUACCACUCACGGUGAAGGUCAGUUCGGCCGCGACCUUCUCGUUAUGCCGGAUUGCCUAAGACAGGCUUUGAACUUGGGCCCCGAUCAAACGACGACGUACUAUUUCAAGGCUAAAGACCACAUUCAAUGGCCCAAUGAAGCUGUGCAUGAUGGGGAUUGGCUCCUCCCUGAAGCUCAAGGGCAAGAAUCGCUGCCAGAUGUUCAAUCGUUGGUUUUUGAUCUGGAUCUCGAUGACGAGGACGGCAUAUGUUGGGACUCCGAAGAAGAAAAACGUGAACAUUUUCAGGUUUUGCCGGACGUUUCUACGGUUGAAGGCUCUAACCAGAGUGUUCGAGAUUACUCAGAGAUCCAUUUAUUCGGUUCUGACCCAGACAGGCUUGGCGGACCAACUGUCAGUGAUGUGGUUCCACAUGGAAAAAAAUGCUCAGAACCGCUCGAACUUGAAUCUAGUCAUACAAUGUUAACUCCCAGGAAAUGUAGAACACGAAAUGCGGGCUCCUCGGUUUUACCGUUAAAGGAGGUAUCUCGCUUUAUAGUUGAAUUUAGCAAUCAGAGUAAGUCCAGCCCAGAUCGGCCUUUGUUCAAGUGCACACGAUGUGGAAUCUUGAGAAAGGUCAAGGCUUCCAUGGUGGCUCACGUACGCAUCUGCUUGGUAACGUGUCCUCGAUGUCAAAAGGUUUUCCGAAGGGAAACUCCAGAUUGGCUUCGAAAGCAUGAAACUUCUUGCCAAACGAGUUCAAUCGUCAAGCCUGAUAACUCGUCUACAUCUGAAUCCUUGGAUUUGACCCGUGUUCAGGCGGAUCACGCGGACUCGGAUCUGUCUUCCAAAGCGCAAAAUGCUUUGUCCCGUUUGGAAGUGAAAAGGUGUAAUGUCUGUGACAAAGUGUUCACAUCCUCAAAGUCUUUGGCCAGCUUCUUGGAGCACCAGGCCGUUUGUCAGAACAAACGUCGACUAGCACCCUUUUUCAAUGCCGAUAAAGGCUUGUACGAGUGCGCCUGCACCCACACGGGCCUUCGACUCGGGUACUUCUACCGUCACGUUCGGACCUGCAUACAAUUACCCAAAUGUUUAAAAUGUGAGAGGAGGUUUCAUCAUUCCACGCCCAAGACUGUAGUUCAAGACCAUGAAGCGACUUGUCAAGGUCAAUGGGACAAUAUGGAUAUAAAGGAUGGGUCCAUUUUCGACUCCAAGUCGAAGAAUUCCGAUGAAGUGACAACAGUGACUCAACAACCCCGCAGCGAAUCAUUGGAGGCAAAAUGUCCGCAAAAUUCCCCCGAAGCCAAAAAACCAGGAGACUGCCAAUCUGGUGGCGUUCCAGUUGACAAUUUAGAGGUGCGCGCAUUCGAAUCCCAGGAAGGGCGGCUCUGUCGUUUUUGUGAUCGGCGUUUCCCGAAAAAUUUCAAGCACUUCGAUCGCCACGAAGCCAGAUGUCAACGGAUUCUCAAUAACAAGGGAAUCGUUCCUCCCCACCAGAUUCUCGACAACGAAUACCUGUGCACCUUCCCCAAGUGCACCAACAACGAGAACUCGUUCCAAACGUAUGAGAUGCUUCAAAUUCAUUUCACUCGCGAACACAUUGAAGCCCAAGAUCUCCCCCAUAAAUGCACCAUUUGCGAUGAGCGGUUCAUCUCUCGCGCUUUCAUGACCCGGCAUCGUUUCCGUCAUAAAGAGCGAUACACCUGUGAUACCUGUGGCAAAGGAUUUGUGGAACGAAUGGCUCUUUCCAGACAUAUUGUGUCUCAUUCGAGCGAAAAGGGACAUGUGUGUCCCAAAGAAGGCUGUGACUAUAAAACGAACUUGAAAGACACGCUGAACCGACAUCUCCGCAAGGUCCAUAACGAAAUGCUGGGCGCGAAUCAUUUCUGUGAAAAGUGCGGUCGAUCAUUUCUUUCGCGACCAGCUUUGGAGCUCCACCGCGUGAAAGUUCAUAUCAAUCCCAAGCCGAAAAAGCUACACCAGUGUCCUCGUUGUGAUUUUAAGACCACCAAAACAAGCAUGCUCCGUCAACACGUGGAAUAUCGUUGUCAGUUCGAUGGCACCAACAAAUGUGUCUGUUCAACAUGUGGCAAGGCCUUGAAAACCAAGGAGAGUCUGCGAGAUCACGUCAAAACGGUUCAUCUGAAGAUCUUCUCUCCAGGUCAAAUUAGGAAGCGGGAAAAAGCCCGAAGAAACUAUCACGAGGCUAAGACAGUCAAUGAUGAUCAGCUCACCAACUUGUUAGAUCUGGAGUGAAAACCACAAUGAGUUUGGAGGCUAGAAGGACAUGCAAUUGCGGCAAGCAUGAAAAAAAAGACUACAACAACCGAAACAAACUACGUGAAGUUAGACCUGAUUGUCACCAAAAUAUGUACCUCCAUAAAUGAAAAGCUAGUUGUGGGCACUUUUUCAUUUUUAAAAAGCUUCGAUAAUGUGCCAAAUAAUACAUCUUCCGUGAAAAUCGUCUUUCUUGGAUAAUAUCAUGACUCAAAAUAGCAACAGCAACAGAAAAUGAGUGGCUGGAAAGUAAAAUCCCAUCUUUCAAAAUUAUAGCUUGAAAACACGUUGUCACAAAAGAAAACAACGUAUUCAGUGGCCGUCAUUUUCCGUGCCUGAAGUCUAUUCAAGUUCCUAUUUCAAAAAGUUCACAUGGUCAGCAGCACCUUUUAGUCAUCUGCCUGUUCACUCUAGGGGUCUUUAUUUCGCUCAAUCUCCAUUGAAGAGAAGCUUAGGGAAGCUAUCGCUCUUCUCUAGAAACCCUUUAGCAGGAAAAGGCCCCAUAUUCGAAGGUAUAUUGACCAUAUCGACUUUCUUGAAGCCUUAUUGUUAUCAAGUUCAUGCCAGGAAAGCCACUGCUAAACAAUUAUGGGUACGCGAAGAAAAAUGCUUCUUUUUUCCUUAAAUCAUAUUGAGCUCUAAAGUCAAAUCCAAAAUGACUACUUAAAGCACUUCAUCACCAUAUGAUCCUCAUGCAGCCUGCGUGGCUUCCUCCAUGUUCAUUUUCUCAGGAGAAUGUUGCAUGGGAAAAUCGGAAAAAAAUCAAUCCCCCUUUCUACCUUGACAAUUUAUUAUUGCGAGACUCGUGUAUAUUUUUGUCAUUUGUUGCUGUAAGAUGACCUUACUGUUCUUGUUUCAGUUCUUGUUGACAAUUCACGAACCAAAAACAUAUUGACUUUGAACAUA